AAUAAUAUACGUUUCUAGCACUGCGGCGAAAUUGUCCAUUUUAUCUAGAGGUUGAAAGUUUGCUCAAGCGAGGUUUUGUCCUAGUGUCUUCGGCACAGUUUUUGCCGUUGACGGGCGUUACGGCUAUUGUGGGUUUUCACGGCGUCGCUGCCUACGAGGCCACUCAAGGUGUGUGGACAGAUGAUUUUCUGGCUCGAAGGAACCCAUCUGUCGUUGGUGGGGUUGAAGCUUGGCGAGCUGCCGUCUUUUGCAAAUAAAAAGCACCAUGGGGCUUCGAUAGUGGAGAUAGUGACGUCUAUCGAUGCGUCUGUGAACAGAUUGACAUCAGUGAAGAGCUUGAGAGAUUUUGGUCGUUUGAACAAGUUUUUGGUGGACUACAACAGUUUGGAUUCCACCGCGUUUGACGAUUUCCCGGCGAUGGAGAGCUUAGAGAUGCUAUGGAUGAACAAUAAUAAUGUUCACGACGUAAAGCACUACAUUAGCAAGUUGGCGGGGGUGUUUCCGAAUUUGACGCACCUGAGUGUGUUGAAGAAUCCGGGUUGUCCGAAUUUGCUGAACGACCGGAGCCGCGAGGCGUACAAGAGGUACCGUUAUUUCGUGAUAUCGCACCUUCCGAAGUUGAAGACGCUGGACAUGUUGCCCGUGACAGACGAGGAGAGGGAGUUCGUGGGUUCGCACAGAUGCGUCGAUUUGCUGCCGCUCGUGGAGUUGGGGUCGAGCGUGUUGUCGUCUUUGAAGAGGGACGUGACGGGGUUCGCGUUGAGCAAGCAGGGCGAGUUGAUGGUGAUGGACGAGAGGGAGUACAACCAGUGGAGUCCGAGUUACGUGAGUUUGGGGGAGGGGAAGAUGUUGGUAUUUCAAGACCAGCAGAGGAUGAGGUUGGAGAGCAUAAUUGAGUUGAAGGGGUGUCGCUUGUCGGUGGUGGAGGAGGAGGACUUGUUGCAGAAGGUGGCGCCCAAUUUGGAGCCGUUCAAGCUGGUGGGGGAUGGGGUGACAAGGUAUUUCAUAGCGGACGGCAAGCAGCAGAUGAGGGAGUGGAUGGACGCGAUAAUGGUGGAGUGCCAGGGGGGGUUGGAGGAGGCGGAGUGUUGGGAGAAAAUUGAGCGCGAGAGGGCGGAAUUGAAGUUUCAACAGAAAGAGUGUUUAUUGACGUCGUCUAAGUUGAGGUUGCGCCGUACAGUGGACAGGGCAUACAACCUGAGUCCGGAGGAGGUGAAGUUGAAGACGGUGUUGGGUCACGGGGGGUUUGGUGCGGUUUACGAGGGGAUUGUGCGCGGAAAGUUGGUGGCGGUGAAGGUGUUUCACAACCAGAAUUUGUUCGUCGAGGCGCUGGAUGAGUUUUGCAACGAAGUGGACAUGUUGUCGAGAGUGAGACACCCGAACAUCAUCAUGUUCAUGGGGGCGUGUUUGGAGCCGCUGAUGAUUGUGACCGAGCUGAUGCCGAAUGGAACGCUGGAGAAGCUGCUGCUGGAUACCAGAACUCCGCUGUCGCUGCACACGAGACUGAAAAUGGCCAAAGACGCCGCGUUGGGGAUGAGUUGGCUGCACGAGUCCAACCCGAUGAUUUUGCAUCGCGACUUCAAGACGUCCAACAUACUGAUCGAUGACAGAGGGAGGGUGGUGGUGUCCGACUUCGGGUUCUCGGAGUCCCUCAGGAAGGGCGCUUCCACUUGGGACGACGAAGGGUACAGAGGAACGUUCGGAUACGCGAGUCCGGAAGUGAUGAAGAACGCCGUCUUCAACGAAAAGUCGGACGUCUACAGUUUCGGCAUCGUGCUUUGGCAAAUCAUAACUCGCCAGGUGCCGUACCCGGAAAUCAACGAGGCGAAGGACAACGCUCAAAAGAAGAAAAUCAUGAACGAAAUUGUGUUCAACGGUCGUCGACCGCCGAUUCCCAGCGAAUGUCCCAAACCGAUUGCUCGCCUGAUUGAGAGCAGUUGGGACGCCAAGGCGACCAACCGUCCGGACUUUCGCACCAUCGUGGAGGCCCUGGACUGCAUAAUUUACGAGGAAGCGAUUCCGGAUCCGAUUGCGCGGGAAAACUGGAGAAGCUGGUUUCCGAACCGAGACAAAGUUCCUUGGAGAGAUUUUUGGCAGCGAUUCAGGCCGGCCAUCGGCGCGACGACUCACGAGGACAAGGCCAUCGUCCGCAUCCUCCUGCUGCCUUUUCAGUACGAGAAUCCUCGCUUCACGGCUUCUGAUCCGUACUGGCACUGCCAAACCGACCAGGUCAGUUGCUCGGACUACGGCGAGUUUUUUUGUCACUUCGGCACGCUGGAUGGCCUCAUGGACAGGAUCCGGAGGCUCGCGAGGUCUCCUUGGUUCUUCGGGAGGCUCUCGGCGCACGCGGCAUUCAACUUGCUCUACGGACAGGAGGCCGGGACCUAUUUGGUUCGGUUUUCGUCCCUUUUGCGCGACAAGUUCAUCGUCAGCUACGUCCACUCGAAUCGGCUUAUAUUUCAUCAAUGCAUUCCUUCGGAAGGGUGCGAGCGCGCGAUCGAGAGGGAGGCGAAGUGGAAGAAGCCCUCACUGGGGAGGCCGUUCUCGGCCAUUUGGGACCACGUGACGGACGACAGUAAACUGGAAGACGCGGCGAAUUAGGCACCCGCUCCUCGCACGACGGCAUCUGAGAACGCUUCGUGGACGAGUUAAGAAGGAGAAGAAGUGCCGCACUGCGGUGCCUCCUCCAGCCACAAGAAAAACAUAAAAAAAAAAAAAGAGUAAAGAAAGAAAGAAAGAAAGAAGAGGUUCGCAUCCAAUAAAGAGAC